CACAACAAAGCGAAGAAGAAGAAGAGCAGGAAGAAGAAGAAUGGUCUGAUAUGGCUGCUCUUACUUUGAAGGAGAAAAGUGCAUUACUUUUUUAAAAUAAAUAUAUGAUUAUAGAGGAUAAUUCGUGACCCAAGAGAAGCGCAGGCUGUCUCCCCCGUCCCCCCUGCAGCCGGGUCAUAUUCACACAGGUGGGGGAUCUCUGGCUUCCUGGGGCCCAGUCCGAUCCCCCUGAUGUGCAGCUCCUGCAGGAGGUGAUCUUGCUGAGGGUCAUCCACUGACAGGUGACUGUCAGGUGCGGAGCAUGUGGAGCAGUCGGGGUUGCCAUGGAGACGCAAGAUAAAAAGGAGAAUGGGGUGACUCUGGGCCUCACAACCAGCCAGGCUCUGAAGAAGCUGUGGGAGCAGCUCAACAACCUGCUGGAGCAGCACCAGAGAGCAGCUCGCAGACGAGGUUCCACUUCGGAACAAUGGUUGAAAAGUUUCCUGUAUCAUGGGAACCGUCGUUCCUGUCUCCAUUGGCCCGGGGCUGCCCUGACUCUCCUGGUAGUGAUAGGCCUCCCCUGUUGCCAUGGCAGCCAGCCCAGGGGCAGUUCUGGCAUCGAGCUGGUGAACGCCGCAGCUCUGUUCCUCCUCCUCCUGUUGAACCUGCUGCUGGUCAGACGCCAGGAGCGCCUGAAGAGGACUGAGAUGGUGGGCCGCCUCAAAGGCAUCACCACACAGCUCAGUGACUACCUGUCAGGGUGUGUGGGUGAAGUACGAUGGCCUCAGUCUCUCUACCCUGACCUGUUCAUCCCCUCGUCCCCCUCAUGGUCUCUUCAGUGGACCUACCGUGACUCUCAGCUGGUCAACCUGCCCGUCAGUCUGCUGGUGGAAGGAGAUAUCAUCGCUUUGAGACCUGGACAGGAGGCGUUAGCUUCCCUCAGAGGCAUCAAGGAUGAUGAACACAUAGUGUUGGAACCAGGAGAUUUAUUCCCCCCUUUUUCUCCUCCGCCUUCCCCUCGUGCCAAAGACAGAGUGCCUGAGAGCCCCCACCAACACCGCCUCUUCAGAGUGGUCCGGACUCCAGUUCUGGACCUGGUCCAAAACAGUUUGGAGCAGGCGCUGUCCCGGCCCGUCACGGUGCUGGAUAAUGAGAGGUUUACUGUACAGUCCAUCAUCACUAAACUCAUCUGUCCUGUUGUUCUGGUGACGUUCCUGCUCGUUAACACUAUUCGCUUUUUUUGUGAAGCUCCAAGCCUCACACCAGUCAGCUACAAUUUCCUUCAACUUCAGCUGAUGGGUGUUCUGCCCAUCCUUCCAUUGCUCUUUCCUGUCAUGUGGGUGCUGGUCAACGCUUUCGGAGAGGCCAUGGUUCUUGCUGAGUUCAGCCGUGCAUCACCAGCAGGCCUGCUUGCUAAGUUCUCUGAGGACACUCUAAGCAGCUACACGGAAGUUGUUUCCUGGCAGGAGAUGCUGCGUUGUGUUUGGAGACACCUGGUUGGUGUCCUGAAAGGAGAAUCUCAGACACUCUGCUACACAUCCAGCCUUCUUCACACACUCGGUUCUGUUACUGUGCUGUGCUGCGUGGACAAGCAGGGGAUCCUGUCCUGGCCUAAUCCCAGUCCUGAGACGGUCCUGUUCUUCAGCGGACGGGUGGAGCCUCCUCACAGCAGCCAGGACGACCUCAGAGACGACCUGUCUGUCAACUCCUACUGCCGGAUGGAAGCGGAGAUGGACAGAGACGAGGUCCAGGCCCAGGAGGCAGAAGCCCUGCUCUGUCUGCCAGAAGAGCCCCCUAUCCAACCUGCAGAGCCCCCCGAGCCCAGCGAGACAUCACAUGACACGGCUCGCUCGUCUGAAACGCUCAGAUUUCGUCAACCCUCACAUUCUCGCACCAAACACCACUCCGGAUCAAACGUCAGCUUCAGCCACGACACCGAGGGGGGCGAGGACAACCAGGCACAGGAUUUUGCUUUGGGCUGUCCAGAAGCAGAGGCUGACGACUUUGUGUGUGAUUACCACUUGGAAAUGCUGAGUCUGUCCCAGGACCAGCAGAACCCUGCCAGCAUCCAGUUUGACGACCUGUCCUGGCAGGGCCACCUGCCCUCCCUGAAGCCUCUGGGCCUGAACAUCAUGCUGAACCUGUGCAACGCCAGCAUCACCCAGCAGCUCUGCCACUUCUCUGACCACCUUUCUAACAUGGCUCUGCAGGAGAGCCAAGGCUCCGUGCUGCCCGUCUACGUGCCCUGGGGACUCUGUGAGCUCUCCAGGCUCAUCGGCUUCACUCCUGGUGCGAGGGAGCUGUUUAAACAGGAGACCUACUUGGCUCUGUACCAGCUGCCGUCUGGAGAGAAGACCAAAGAGCUAACCUCACGACACCUUCACUACUUCACCAAACGCCAGCCCCCCAUCUCCCACCUCCUCUCCCUGUGUGUACGAGACUCCUCCUCCAAUAAUGUCCAGAUGCUGUCACAUGGUUCAGCUGAACUCAUCCUGGAGGCCUGCUCUGACUUCUGGGAUGGAACUGAUAUCUACUCUCUGUCAGGCUCAGACAGGAAGAAAGUUCUGGACUUCUACCAGCGCGCCUGUCUGUCAGGUUACUGCUCCGCCUUCUCAUACAAACCCAUGCAGGUGUCGUUGUCCAGCCAGCUGGAUGGAAAGUGUGUGCAGCUGGCCCCCAGCCCCUCCCUCUUCUCUGGAGUUGAGCUGCCCUCCACCACCCCCAUCAAGCACACUGUGUGCAGGAACAGCUGGAGCUCAGACGAGGGGAUCGGCGAGGGCGUGGAGCGGGAGGACUGCGUGCAGGCUCUGAGCGGACAGAUCUUCAUGGGCAUGGUGUCGUCUCAGUUCCAGGCCAGGCUGGACACAGUCCGUCUCAUUGAUGCCCUGGUGACCGCUUGUAUUCGCUUCGUUUAUUUUUCUAUGGAGGAUGAGCUGCGCAGCAAGGUGUUUGCAGAGAAGAUGGGCUUAGAGACGGGCUGGAACUGUCACAUCUCUCUGACUCCUAAUGGAGACAGUCCCUGUGAAGGAGCUCCAUCCAGUCCCAGUCAUGGUUCCCUGCACGAAGACCUCAACCAAGAUUCUCGUGAUGAAGCUGAAGGUCCUCUGCUGCAGGAGGAAGAGGCCCACUCAGACCUGACCAGCUUCCAGCCCACAGACAGUGAUGUGCCCAGCUUUCUGGAGGACUGCAACAGAGCCAAACUACCUCGUGGGAUCCACCAGGUUCGUCCCCACCUGAAGAACAUCGAUAACGUUCCUCUGCUGGUGCCGCUCUUCACCGACUGCACCCCUGACACCAUGUGUGAGAUGAUGAAGAUCAUGCAGGAAAACAGGGAGGUCACCUGCUGCCUGGGAAGCUCUGCCAACUUCAGAAACAGCCGCCUGUUUAUGCAGAGUGACCUCAGCAUUGCUCUGGACCCUCUGUAUCCGUCCCAGUGUUCAUGGGAAACAUUUGGCUACGCUACUGGAGGAGGACCUCGUGAGGACUCUGAAGGACUGACUCCUCUGAGACUUUCAGGGCAGCUGAACAGCCUGGGCUGCUCCAUCUCCUUCCACCAAGGAGACAGUGUCAGCAUCGUCAAACUCAUAGAGCAGGCACGACACACGACCUCUGGCAUCCGCAAGUGCUUCCUGUUUCUGCUGCAGUGUCAGCUCAGUCUGGUCGUCAUCCAGUUCUUGGCCUGUCUUGUGCAGCUUCCUCCUCCUCUGAACACCACCGACAUCCUGUGGGUGUCCUGCUUCAGCUGCCCUCUGCUGAGUGUGUCACUUUUAGGGAAACCACCCGACAGUUCAGUUAUGACCGUCGCCACCGGGAAGAACCUGAAUUCAAUCCCUAAGAAGACUCAGAACUACUUCCUGGGCUGUUUCCUGCUGAAGUUCGGCCUGACGAUGUGUGUUUACCUGUUGGCCUUUGGCUUUAUCCUGCAGUCCCUCUGUCCCCCUGCUAACAUGGCCCUCGCUGACUCCAAUUCCACUCGUGUUUCUGUAUUCACAGUCAGCACAUCAGCAGACGCUCCUCAGUGGUUCAGUGAGCUGUCCAACGGCCUGCUGCUGACUCAGAAACUUAUGGCUGGUUUCCUUGUUUUACACACAGUGGUGAUCUCCCUCAGCUACAUCCACCGCUCACAGCCUCUGUGGAGGAAGAAUCCCUUCAGCAACAUCUGGUGGUGUCUCACCGUUCCUGUUGUACUGCUCGGUCAGGUCGUUCAGGCUGCAGUGGAUUACCAGUUGUGGCAUGACCGGAGCAGCUCCCGGACCUUUGACCUGAGUAACAUCCCAAUGGAAGCCUGGCUGAUGGCCUCCUUGUCCCUGCUGCUGGUGGUGGUGGUCAACGAGGUGACCAAGCUACACGAGAUACGGGUGCGAGUUCGCUACCAGAAGAGACAAAAGCUGCAGUUUGAGACAAAGCUGGGUAUGAACUCUCCUUUCUGAGCCCCACCCACCCCUCACACCGGCAGCAGCUAGCUGGACUCCUCAGGAAAGCAGGAUGAAACGAGGUGCACGCUCCGCGGUGCACACCAUCAGUGGAGGUUUUCACAUGCAUGUUAAAGCUUCUUCAGCGUUUGUGCAGUUACUCGGAUUUCUGACGGACAGAGAAAACAGACGACCUGAAAAACGUCAUUUCCACUGAACAGAAAACGAGCCGAAACAGGAAACAGUUCAUUGUGUAGUUGACGCUGUGGUUCCCACGGCGCACUUCUAAAACUCUUUAAUGUGAAAGCCACAGUAACAUGGUGCAUCUUCUUACCAGAGCAGCCUUGGUGAUACAUGAUGUCAACGUUUCUUCUCUGAACAGAAACAUCAGCCUGACAGUUCUGGAGUGUGCAAAAGUUAUAAACAUGUUGCAUAAAGCCAGGAAAUAAAGGUUCAGUCUGUGUUGUAACUGUAAAAAGGAUGUUAGUGGUAAAAUAUUUAAAAUAUGAUGUUUCAAAAUAAACAUUCAGAACAUCUACAGCUUUUAAUUCAUGAUGUAUAUUUUAUUUUUGAAUGUCCUAAUAUGGUCAUUUCCUCCUGAGCUGUUCUCCUUGCACCUGACGGGUGUUUUAAAUCCACUUUAAGCCAAAAUGAAACUGUUAUUAGCAACAACUUUUUAAUAGGACAACAGAAUAUUGGAAAUCUUUAUGAUUUUAGAGAGCAGAUUCCUGUCGGGGUGGGUUUUUACAGCACCUCUGCUCCUCACCAGGCAAAUGACUCAACUGUAAACUGUUUUUUCUUCAACUUUACAAGAAGUUUGUAAACAGUUUCUUGCCAAAGUUUAUUUAUUGAACUUCUUUUUUGUUCACUAAACUCCACCUGGUAAAGAUGCUGAUAGUUUAUUUUCUACCUCUGUGUAUAAAAUGAGUUCAUCUGUUUGGCUUAAUUGGGUUUUUACGAGCCUUCACUUGAACGUCAGUUUUUUAGUUUUUUUUUUUCUUCUCCUGAUAUUCAUGUCACUGUUCAGAUCUUUCAGCAGAUACAGGUGUUGUUCUGUUAAAGGGACAAUCCAGACAUUUAGAAGUGUGGUUCUGUGAAAAGGUUCUGAACAGUUCCUUUUGUGUUAUAUCAGUGUCUGCCAUGUGUUGAGCUUGUUUUGUGUCGUGAUUUACUGAUCUGGGAUCAGAGCUGCAGUACUGUAGCUUGGUCGUAUGUUUAGAAGUUAUUUUGGCAGCGAUGUUUCAUUUUUCUCACAGGUGCUUGACUUUUCUUUCUGUUUUCUCAGAAGUCUCAGCCGACAGCAGUUUAUGGUUCAGUGUUUAAAAAAUAAUGAAUGUUUCCAUAGAUUUCACUCCCUAAUUGUCAAUUUUCCCAUCAACAUGCUGUCCUAUGGCACUCACUUUUUACUGAUUAACACUGUAAACUGUAAAACAAAAGCAGGCCUCAUCAUUUUAAAAAGCACCAGACGACAAGUAAAUCUUUAAUGUUUCAUCUUUGUCAAAACCACGUUACCUUUAAAUACUGAAGCUCCAGUCACUAUCCUGAUCCAACAUUAUUUACUGUGAUUAGGAAUGUUUGACAAUUCAGUCACAAUUACUUAUUGAGUGUCAAAACUUUUGUUUUUCACAUUUUAAAAAAUGUCAUUUUAAUGAACUAAAACAAAGAAAAUAAAUUCUAGGUCCACCUCCCCCUGGACCUAAAGAUGGGCUCUUAUUUGAGGUUUCAUAACAGCUGAGGUCAUGAAAUGACUGAAUGUUUUACUAACUCUAGCUAAAUUUUCUGGGGAGAAUCAGUGGUGGUUAUUUACAAGCUUGAGUUUUUGUAAUUCAAAAACAAUAUUUUGGCAGCAUAAUUGUUGGAGAAUGUUCAAAAACAAAAUGAAAACAAUAAAAUUUACAAACUGA